UCAGAGCUGGCUCCAUCGAUGGCUUCAGCAACGAGCACUGUAAUUCACAUGGGUCGUGUGGUGGGGCUUUUGUUUGUUUGCACUUUGGCGGUUGCGCUCCGGGGCUAUAAAUUGGGGGCCGCCCUACCUAGGGUUUGCAUCCACCUCUCACAGCUUUCUCAGAUCUUACAGAAAUGGCGGACAGACGUCAAGCAAGCGGCAGUGGUAGCGGAAGUGGCAGCCGCAGGCCGCCCGUAUCUCCGGAAACCGGAGAGAGGCGCCGAUUGAGGAGACGCCAGAGGGUUCUCGGCGCCAUCGGAAACCUCUCCAGAGAUCCGAUGACUUUCUCUGGGCACCUCGACGACGUCUCCGGCCCGGGUGGGGCACCACGCGCUGCUUCUAGCUCUCGCGGCGGCCUGCCAUCGACCCCGGAUAUCAGAUCCGUCGCCGACGACGACUCGGGGGCGGGUCCAUCGAGGCAGCCCGGCGCCGCUGGCGGGGAGGACCACGACGAUGGGGUCGUCGUUGUGGGGCGUAUUGUCCGGAGCGGCGAAGCCAGAUUUCCGCCGCCGAAUGCCCCAUCUAGGGUUUUCGGUGGUCCUAGCAGCUCGUCCGCCCCACCUAGGGUUCCGCCCCCGGAACUGUUCCGCUCCGCCGCGAUGGCGUUGAUAGGGAGCGCCGGAGUGAUGGAAGACGCCGUCAGCAUCCGGAAGCGUCUUUGCUCGCCGGCAAUCGCCAGAUUCAAGCCGGUGCACUACGUCGGCGUUUUCGAUGGCCAUGGAGGAUCUCACUGCGCCAAUAUGUGCAAAUCGAGGAUGCAUGAGAUCCUCCGGGAAGAGAUGGACCGGGAAGCCGGCAGACGCGACGAGAUCGGAGCAGCCCCGUCGUGGCUUCUCCAGGAGGCAUGGACACGCAUCUUCCACCGGUGCUUCAGGAGGAUCGAAGUGAUGGCGACAACCUCCUGCCGGUGCGGGUCCUUCGCCGGCUGCGACUGCGACCGGACGGAGUUGCUCUUCUCGGGGACGACGGCGGUGGCUGUGGUUCUGACGGCGGAGCAUAUAGUCGCCGCCCACUGCGGCGACUCACGCGCCAUCCUCUGCCGCACCGGGAGAAUAAUCCCGCUCACCCACGACCAUAAGCCGGACAGGCAGGAUGAGAGGGAGAGAAUCGAAGCCGCGGGAGGGUUGAUUAUCGAAACCGACACAGCUCGCGUCCAAGGGGUCCUGUCAACGUCGCGAGCAAUCGGGGACUGGUACCUGAAGCCGUACGUGAUAUCGGAACCGGAGGUGAGGUUGCUCCGGCGGGACAGGGAGGACGAGUUUGUGAUCAUUGCGACGGACGGCCUCUGGGACGUGAUGCCGGUGGGCAUGGUGAUCCGCGUGGUGAGCAGCUGCUUCCUCAUGCCGCCCGCCCGAGAUGAGAUCACUCCGCCGCCGGGGACCACCUCUGCGUCCGUGGCCGCACGCGCCGCCGCGCUUCUCAUGCGCCUUGCCGUCGCCAGGAACUGCGACGAUAACAUCGCCGUCGUCGUCGUCGAUCUCCGCAACAUCCGUCCUCUAUAAUUAUUAUUAUUAUUAUGU